CGAUGUGCUCUUUAUACCCCUCCUAAUGCCGUGUCUACGCGUCCUUGUCCUUGUUCCGAGCGCCUUUGUGCCCCCAUCACGUCCGAUAAGGAGCUCCUGAGUAUGUAAGUCUUCUCCACUGUCUGGUUGUUGGCCGCGAGGCCUCUGAGACCCUGGGCUUCGAAGACGUUCGAGUCAGUGAGCGGUAGCGAGAGCGCCACACCCACAUCUACGCCGUGCCACCGCAACUUCAGCCACAGGACGGAACGCGCGUGGGUCAGCGACGAAUAUGGCAGCCGCCCGGCGCUGAAGCCGAGACGGCCUCUGCGUUCGUCAGUGCUUUUGUCUUCGUUCUAUCAUCUCAGUCUACAUGGAUUCUCCCUCAGAGCCAAAGGCGGGUUCGUCGUCGUCCCCAGCGGCCGACGUGGUCGAGUACAAGAAGGACGGCAGCGUCUCGCGCAUGCGUUCGCACAAGGGAAAUGUCCCUCAGCUGCCGCAGACGAAGUUGUGCCCGUUCUGUCCAGCCAAAUUUACCCGCACGACGCAUCUGAACCGGCAUCUCAGAAAUCAUACGAAUGAACGAAUGUAUCGCUGCGAGACUUGUACUGCUCAGUUCACUAGGAGUGAUCUUCUCGCGAGACAUAAAAGGAGCUGCGGUGAUGCUCGUACCCGCCGUCGCUCAUGUCAAGCGUGCGCCGGCCUCAAAGUCAAGUGCGAUCUCAGGAGCCCGUGUUCAAAAUGCAUCCAGCGAGGAAGAGAGUGCGUGUACGGUGCUGAGGGUGAGACGACCAUGCCAUUGAGAAGGUCUGCUUCACCCACUCGAAGACGGGGCAGCUCGUCCGAGCAACACGCACAGGGAACGCCACCAGCGCCAACUGCUUCAGGUUCGCAGCCCACUCAGUCUCAGCAACCAACUCCGAAUCUCGACGGCACUGCGACAUGGUCCUUGUCGUCCUUCCCGGAUGACUUUUCCUCUUCUGCGUUCCCCGAGCUAGGUCUCAUGGAUACGGGCAUGUCGAACGACCAUCCAUCUUCCCAGCCACUGAACGCAGAGAAUCUUGCUCAAUUCGGAUCGAUGUUGCCGCCUCCCGUUCCUCGGGCAAAUAGCCCUAUGUCGCACGCGCGCUCACUUCCCAACUAUAACUUCGAAAACUGGGACCUCGCCUCCUCAGAGACGCUCUCCUCCUUCGCGCCUUCUCAACACGCCUUCACCAGCUUCGGCGGCCCCACCGGGCUCGCCAAUCUCGGCUCUUUCUCGAACGACAUGUUCGAACCCUUCUUCCGAGACGUCUUUGGCCUGUCGAGCAUCCAAGAGAACGCUCAGGAGGGUCUCGGCGCUAAUGGCGACGACUUGAGCAUGGAUCAGAUCCUCAGCCGAGAUCCUCAGUUGCACCCUGUUGUCGAUAGUUUCAUCUUCUCUGGUGACGCAAACUCGCAGCCACUCGAUGAUCAGCUUAUGCACGACAUGAUGGUCAACACGUAUCCUACCCCUCCGGAGGCGGAGGGGCUCGAUAGUAUGUCGUCGUUUACGGCAGGUGCUUCUACGUCCCAGGAGCCUCAACAACCAGCUCCACCACCGCCUGUGUCACAGCAGCCACCGCCGCCGCAGAGAGAAGCUCCCGCUCAGCAAGCUCAGCCGGAACCGUCUACGGCGUACCCCACGCCGGAGAAUUCAUUACCGACGCCACCCUCGAGCAUUCCGGAGGAGGUUCCGGAGCCUACGACGGAAGAGUUACAGCAAUACUUGUAUAUCUUCUUGACGCAGUUCUUGCCACAACUUCCUAUCGUGCAUACUCCUUCGCUCCGUGUGGAGCUCAAGCCUCCGAUUCUGCUUCGCGCUAUGCAAGCGUGUGGCGCGUUGUUCGUCAAGACGAAGACGGCGGAGGCGUUUGUGACGAAGGUUCUCGCGAACUCUAGAGACACGUUGGUUGGCGAAUUUUCGAAGGCGUCGCCGGAUCCUAAGCAUCGAUUACACAUCAUCAUGACGAUUGUCUUCCUUCAGACGAUUGGCUUGUUCCAUCAGAAUCCUGAGCAACGAGCUUCGUCGAGUUUGUAUCAUGGUAUGGUCGUUCUGAUGAUUCGCCAAACUGGUAUCGUCGAAAGAAACGCAAAUUGGACUCAGAAAGACUGGCGGGUCACGGACCCUGAAGAACUUCGCGCCGCUUGGAUCGAUUGGGCAGCAUACGAGAGUAUCAAGCGCGUGAUGCUACUGUCGUACAACCAUGAUCAAGCCCACCCCAUCUACUUCUCCCUCCCUGCCUCGUUCCGCUCAUCCGAAUUCGUAGGUUGCCUCCCCUCCGACGAAGCCCUCUGGACCGCACCCUCUCCCGAAGCCUGGCAACGCCUCGUCAUGUCACCCUCUCCCUAUGGUACCGGCGAAGAGCGCCUCCGCGGGGUGUCCAUGCAAAAAGCACUAUCCGCCAUCGGCAUCGAGAACGACAAACUCAGCAAUGCUACAGUCGGUCUGGACGCGCCUCCGAAGGAUUUAGGCAUCAUCAGUCCUUUCGGACACUUCAUCCUGAUCCAGGCGAUCUUGGCGAUGCUCUGCCAACUCUGCAAGAGCUCUCCUAUGGGUGCGUCCAGGGGCCAGGUCGGAGGCGGAGCGAACAGGGACGGGAUGCCACCCGUGGCCGUACCGGCAGGAGAAGAAGUGAACGAGAACGUGUUCGUCGUUCAGCUCGCUUUACAUCGUUGGCUCCGUAUUUGGCUCCAAAACCCGGAAGCCACACGCACGCCCAAUAUCCCCCAAUCGUCUUCGAGCACGGCGACGACGACCUCGGGUCUUGCUGGUUCGGCAUCGCAAGGCAAGAAAUCGGGCGACGCGCCCUUCUUUGGCGACCCCUUGCCUUUCUAUUGGCUCGCACAGUUACUGCUCCUUGCGUUCCAAGAGCAACUCCCUCCCUUCGCGCCAAAGAAGAAAGAAGGCCCUCCACCGCACAACCCCCUCAAAAUCACGUCCUUCUGCGUCGGUGUGUCCGAACCCGAGCCUCUCCUGCACCACGAUCCGCCCUCGCACAACUCGUCGUCCCCACCUGACCCGCGUCCGCACGCCUCCCCCGAAUUCGUCUCCCCGAUGUAUUACAGGGCGCCACACCUCGCUCCGACGCCACAGGGCCCACAGGCCCUGAGCUCGAUCAGCCAGUUUACGCUUGUGAAGAGCUGGUUGCAUCAUAUUAGGCUGUUCUUGAAGAAGAGUGAGGGGAGCGCGACGGUGGUGUGGGAUGAGCUGAUGAAGAUUCGAUUGAGGGGGUGGGAGGCGGAUGCGGCGGGGCUGGGGGUGGCGAAGGAGAGGGGUGGGGCGAUGAGUAGAGGGGACGAGAGCGUGAAUGGGGAGGGGGGGAGUGUGAAUGGGGAGUUUACGUAUGAGGAGCAUGGGUUGUUGGGUUUCUUUGAGGAGGUGGAUCAGAAGUUGAGGAUUUGAGAUGGAGGGGAAAGGCUGCUGGUGUAUGAUGUAUACGUUUGGGUGUCGAUGCAGGGUUGUAGGCGAAGUUGGAGCGAAGGAUGAAGUAUAGUCAAGGUUUGUACUGCUUCUUUUAUCUAUUGCUGGUUUGCUUGCGAGGCAUCGCUUUGAUGGCGUUCUUUUUUUUUCUCCGUUUCUCGGUAGGGUUCAUUUCAGUCGCCGUUGUUGUUUCUUGUGCAUAGCAUAUAUCUAGUUUCGCGUCGCCGUCGUUCGUUAGAAUAGCAAACGAUCUGUCACUGUAGUACUAUUAAAUCAGAUGAGGUCGCUUGAACGUGUCGAAUUGUAGUUUUCCUAAAUGUGAAGCGAAAUAC